UCACUUUACAUUGUAUUGAAAGGAAGUUUUAGAAAUGUCAAAGUUCGGUAACUUUAGUUGUUUUUUUUUUUAUUCUGCUCGAACGUGCUCGCUUCUAUUACAAGUUCUUGAUCUAGAUCAGAUUUAUUUAUCCAGCACCAACAAAAUAGACUAGAGCUAGAUCUAUAAGAAACCUAGGUCGAGUAUAGAAAAAUAAGCCCAUGUUUAAAACUAAAUUAACCAUCGGUCUUGUGUUAUCAGCCACAAUAUGUCUCUCCCUUUUCAACAUGGUGAUAAUUCUGUUGAGCACGCACCAUCGUUCCAAUACCGUCAAAGGUUUACGUGUGGGAGACAACGGUCAGGUUGAGUUAGACCUGGCAGGAAUACUGAUGCCAGGUGAUGCGCCAACUGACGCUUUCCUCAAAGAUCCUAUCAUCAACAAACACGACUACAAGUACAUUCACAAUCCCAGCGGACUGUGUCAAAACAGGACCAUCAAUCUCUUGGUCGGUGUCGUGUCCACGCCGAAAAACUUUUGGCAGAGAAAAAGGGGGAGGCGCUUCGGCAAUGCCGACGAUGGGAUCAUCGUAGUGUUUAUCCUUGGCAUGGCAGAUAGCAACGGCCUGCAGCGCCGCGUGAAUCAAGAGUUCAAACAUCACAAUGAUGUGCUGCAGUCGGCCAUCGUGGAAACGCCCCGGAACUUAAGCCUCAAGACGGUGGCCUUGCUGAAGUGGGCGUCCACCCAUUGCUCCGGCGCCAAGUUUGUGUUGAAGAAAGACGAUGACGUGGAGCUCGAGCCGUACUCCAUCUUGAACGCAUUGCGCAGGAAGUACGAGCGGUUCCAAAAUUUCAUCAUGGGGAACAGCAAGUACCUUGUGGAAGGUCCCAUCAGGCAAGAAGUCUCAAAGUACUAUACAUCCUAUGCUGAAUAUGGAGAGCCGUUUUUCCCGAUGUUUGUCCACGGCCCUGCAUACGGCUUCCCCAUGAAGACGGUGGAGAUACUUUACCAAGUAUCACUCAGGACCAAACUGUUUUGGCUGGAAGAUGUUUAUGUCACAGGCAUCUGUGCCAAGAGAGCGAACAUUCCAGUAUUUUUUGAUAUAAGAUUUAUUUAUGAACACGUUGGUAUUGACAUGAUUUGAUUCCAUUGACUCGUACUUGCAAGAUCUUAUUACCACAUAAUACAGCAACAUAGAUGUACAACAUUGUCAAAGCAAGAAUGGAAUUAAACAUUUUCUUUCAGUGUUGUUCUUUUAUUUUAAAAAAAUAUGAAAUUAA